ACAGAGACACACUCGUGCUCUCGUUCUGUCUCUCAGCUGCACACACACACACACACACAGACACACACACUCACACACACAAACACAGACACACACACACACACUCACACACACACACACAGACACACACACAGACACACACACACACACAUCUUGUGCUUCUCUGGCUGUUACACACACACAUAUUUUACUCAUUCACAUCUCUUUCUCAGUCUGUUUGUCUCACACACAAAGGCAGGGAAUGUUUUACACUCAGACUCGUCCAUCUGUGUGUGUGUGUGUGUGUGUGUGAGUGUGUGUGUGUGUGUGUGUGUGUGUGUGUGUGUGUGUGCAGUGAGGUCAGAGGUCAGCUUGUCUGUGGUUUCAGACCAAACAGAAUAGUUUAGGAGGUUUAAUAAAAACAAGAUGAAUCACAGCGUUGAUUUUCAGAACUGGAACUUUCUUCUUCUUCUUCUUAGUAAAACUGUCAUCACCUGAAUCGCCUGUCAGGCGCGUCGUGGAGGUCAGAGUUUAAUCUCGCAGCAGAGAGCCUGUGGGUUGCCGGUUGGGAUUCAGUGCUCCGUUGCUCAAGGACACGUGGGUACGGUGCAGACCGCUGGUGUUUUCCAGUGUUGCACCUCCGUCAGGUUUCAUUCAUGGUUUCGACAGGAAGUUGCGUGGCUGUGAUGUCAUUUGGGUCUUUUAGUUUCAUUGGUGGAACCGUUGCUUUGUGCACCUUUGUGGUUUGUGUCUGUGGUUCUGUCGUUUGAACUUGAGGAAACACUCGAACCGAUCUGAAAGAAAAAGAUCAGGUAUCAGUCAAUGAAUCAAUCAAUUAAUUGAUCAGGUCAGUCAUGGGACUAAAACACUUGACUCUGUUUGAAUAUGACCUGCAGAAUGUGGUGGAAGUUAGAGAUGAGACAAGUAAUGAAACCGUAAAAGAAGGAGACGUGUCAGUUGAAUCAUGGGAAAUGACGUUCUGUUCAAUCUCUUAGUUCCCAACCUGUGGGCCAGGGAACUUUUAUGAUGUCCCAUCGCAUCCAUAGACUGUAAAUAAAGAUGGACGUCACCCACAGGUUUCUGAAGCUCAGAGUGAGCUGCUCCACCGUCGCCAUCUUGGCAGUGUCUGACUCCGCCCCCUAACUCCUAGCUAAUCCAGAAAUGGACAAAUGGUUAUCAUUAAAAUAAGAACUGAUCUGAGAACAUAUGAAUUGUCCUCCGGACGUUGGCCGCCAACAUUUUUGAGAUUUUCAAGUGAGUCAUGAGGUGGAAAAGGUUGGGACUCUGUUGUCGUCACGACGACGACGACACUUUAGGUUAUGUUUAUGAUCCUCUUUGUUUUCAUCCACAGAGCGGGACUAACGACUCACCGACUUCCUUCGUGAGCAAGCGUGUGAGUGCGUGCGUGCGCGCGUGCAUGUGUGCGCUGAGGUGUGUGUGAGGUCAUGUCGGGCAUGACGAGCGGCGUGUGCGUGGAGAGCGACCUCUCCUCAAUGCUCCAAAGAGGCUCCGCCCCUUCCCACCAUCACCCGAACCACCAUGUCUACGGCGGCCAGGGACAGGUGUCUAGUCUGGCUCCGAUGCUGGACUACACCACGGAGAUGGACCGCUACCGUUCGUCCAUCGCCAGCUUCUACAAGACCAACGUCAACAUGAACAUGAACGUCACAAACUUCCCUCAAUCCGCCAAACUGGCCGCCCGUUUGGCAGCUGCCACCCCCAUCUUCCCCCCCACCGCCGCCAGGCUGGGCACCAUGGCGACAGCGCCGUGGGGUUGCCAUGAGAACAUGAACAUGAACGUGAACAUGAACCACCCGGCGGCCAUGUUCUGGGGCCGGCCCAAGCCUGUGGCGACAGCGCCUACGCAUCACCACCACCAUCACCACACCCCUGCAACGCAGGGUCACAUGACCACCUCACACCACCACAGUACCAGCAUGCACCACGGCGGCGGGGGGUCGGGAGGGGGGGCAGGAGGUGGCGGAGGGAGCAGUGAGGGGGGAGGAGCUGAAAAACACGGACACACUGCCUCAUCACUUCCUGUCACACAGGGAGCAGCACACCAUCACCCCAUGGCAUCUAGCAACGGGAACUUCCUCCCUGGUUACAGUGGCGGUGCGGACUGCGGCAUCAUGAACAAGCAGGGACACACCCACCCGGACAUGAUGGGCCUAUCAGAGGGCGGGAGCUGCAAUGGGGGAGGGGUGAUGGGUAGUAGCUUCCUGGGCGGGCUAGGAUUACCCCCUGGGGUCAUCGUUAUGGCGAUGGGGUCGGCAGGGGGCGGGAUCUCAGAUGCUGGCAGCGCCUUCCAGAUGACAGGCGGCCAGCGGGCGCUAACGGACUGCCAGCAGCACGCCAACUCCUCCCCCUGCCCCUCUUCCUCCUCGCCCUCGUCGUCGGGGGUGACAGCAGGGGGCGUGACCUUAUCGUCGUCAUCUUCGUCAUCGGGGGCUGUGGCAAAGAGGAAGAGGAAGCGGUGCGGCGUGUGCGGGCCGUGCAGGCGGCUCAUCAACUGCGGCGUCUGCUCAUCCUGCCGCAACAGGAAGACGGGUCACCAGAUCUGCAAGUUCAGGAAGUGCGAAGAGCUGAAGAAGAAACCAGGGGGAGGAGGGGGGGUGCUGGAGCGGCCGCCCUCCGUCCCGACCGGCGAGGCGUUUCGAUGGUUCUUCUAGCCGUCCCUCCACCAACAAGAGUUGUAGCCAGAAGCCAAACAGGAAGUCACUGUCACACAUGGACAACAAAUCUUAAGUCAACAAAGGACUAAAACUUCUUGAGAUGAACCAAAUGCUUUGCAACAGGAUUACAAUUUCACACUGUGUGGACCACAAGUUGGGACUACAGAUCCCACCUCACCCGGAACAGGGAAGCAGCUAGGCGGACAGAGGACGAGGGGACAGUUUGGUCACAGGCGAGAGGAAUCAGCCGAUCAGCUCGAUGGUUUUUCCUGAACUUGUUUUAAGGUAAAUUUUAAAACAGCUCUUGAAUAGAAACACACAGGUUGUUCAGAUGCUAGCAAGCUACAGCUAACUCACUAGAAAUGCUACCAUUCUAUCUUUAACCAUAUUAGCAUCACAGAAGGCUACAGCUAGCAGGUUAUUACAGUAUUACAGUUAUUCAUUUUGACUAUUCCAUUAUUUAUUUGUUAAUAUUAAAUUAUUCAAAUAGGUCUGUGGUGAGAGAAACAACUGACCAAUCAGAAGUUUGUAUUAAGAAUAAAGACCUAGCAACAGACUGGGAGCCAGUGCCAAAUCUUUACUUAUACUCUAUACUCUACUGUGUUUCGUCCAGCAUGAGCUAGUGUUGUAACCCCGCUACAAGAACCGGGAUCUUCAGCAGGAGCAUUUCACUUGUACUCUGUAGCACCAGUGAAUGUUAAACACCUUUUAUCAGUUUCACAUUCUCCAGGUAAACUUUCAUUCAUAUAAGAUCAGGUAAGAUAAGGUUUUGAACCAAGAAAAGUAGCUUAAGGUGUCGUAUCUGCAGCAUUUCGAUGUGUCAGAUACAAAUUUAAUCAACAUUUAAGUAAAUAUACGUAUUUCACGAGACUCAGUACCGGCAGCUACUCAAUACUUGAUCAGGAUGCCUCUACUAAUUACCAGUUUCUGACUUGUAGACAACAUUCACGUCAAAACCAGAGUCAUAAUUGUGACCGAGGAGCUAAUUUUCCGAAAAACAGAGAUGAACUUCAGCAAAAGUCCAUCAAUAAAGGUGAUAAAACCCAGAUUUAAUGGAUAAAGUGUUAAAAUGUCAAUACACAGUAUGAUUCAGGAACAUCUUGAGUUGCCGAAGGUGUGAUGACUUGCGGGUCCUCAGCACGUUCUCUCCGACAACCUUCAUCACGUGUGAUCAAACUGUCCCCUCCUUCCUCCUCUUCCUCCUCCACCUCCUCUUAGCAAACCACUCCCCCAUCGUAGCCAAACCAGGAAGAUUCAGGCCUAAACCACAGAAUCGAUUUCAGUUUGACCAAAACCGGAUGACGAGUUAACCUCAAAGGACAAACUUCACCGCAGAGGGAGUACGAACUGACCUCAGCAGGAAGUGAUCCAGGACUGUUAUUAAGGACUACAAGUUCACCGUAGUAGGACUACAAUUACCACAUCACUGUUAUCUGUCUCUUCUGUCUACCUCCUCCUCAAGAACUUUAAAGGCACCUUGAUUGAUUUUUACUGGGCUGUGUUCAUGCUGGUACGACACAAUCUGUUUCUUAACUCUCGAGAUGGUCCACAGCUGAUCUGCUCCUCAUAUAAUCUGGUGUUUAGAUUUUCUUUUUUUUUAUUUACUAGUUUACUUCACUGCCUAAAGGAGAAGUUAAACAUCUGGAUUUAUUUUACCUGUCUGGAUUUCACUGGAACGUUCUCAGGGCGCAGUCACACUUCCAUUUGGUUUUUUAUGAACUAAAGCAGACUGAAAAACACACUUUGUUGUAUUUUUGUAUUUGCAUAAAAAGCGGCAGUGGAAGGUUUAUCAUUUCAGGGGGCAGUUUAACCUUGAACAUUGGAUCUCUAUUGGCUCCUCCAGUCCCAAACAUUCAGAUUUGUAAAGUCUGUGUCUGUGAAUUCCUCACCAAGACCUUGAAGAGAGUUCAGAACCAGUUUCUCUGUUCUUGUAUCAGUGCAGGUUGUACCACAUGACGACCAACAUGAAACAACAGGAGAAUCCACUUGCAGGUUUACAGCAGCGCGGGAACUCACCUGUGGAAACCUGUGGAUUAUCUGGGACGCUCUAAGGUUCUGAGCUGAACCCUGGGACUAAAGGGAAUCAAACUGAACUGAAAGAGAUCAGAUCUUAAUAUUCCACACAAACAAUACAUGUCAUUUCCAACAGGUCUGUGUGUCUGAUUUUAAAAUGACAUACCAACAUGUGUUUCCUUUUCAACAUGUACAAAGACAUUUUGUAUAAAUUUGUGCAGCGAAUGCACAACUUUCUUGAGACGUCCUCGUAAAAUGAUUUUAAAUAUUAACGUGAUGAAUUUUGAGGAAUCUGCCCAGACUCGAUCUUUGUGGUCGGGCGUAACCGAACUGACAGCUGAUCAAAUGAGCAGCUGUAGAUUUUAAAUUCAGACUAUUUUGUUAAGGCAUUCUCCAGAUUCUCAUUCGUGGUGGACGUUGGCCACAGUGAGUCUAUGGCUCGUGUUAGCUUUGCACUCUUUACACACUUUUGCAACAAGGACUUGAACCCUUUACUAUACGUUCAGACCGAAAGUGGCAAGAAUGUCAAACUGACCAGAAGUCAGAAAUUCAUUUUCUAUGUGAGCCAGCGAGCAGCGGCGUGACUGUUGGCGGCACGUCUUGUGCGGUGUGGGCAUUAGAAAAAUUUGAAGUCCAGGCAACUGUAUGGUAAUGAGCUAUGACAUUGUUCAGCAGCAACCAAUCAAAAUGUAGAAGCGCUCUGCUCUAGAGAAACAGGAGGGAAGGAAUUCCAUGCUAACUAGCAUCAUAGCAUGCAAAACCGUGUUGAUCUGAAUCAGUUGUUAACGUUAACAACGCUAAUUUAAGAUUUUCAUCUUGCAAACUUAGACCAUACUAGUUGUCAGUUGGUAAUAAUAUACUGACAAACUGCUGCAAGCUGCUAUAACCAGGAAGUAGAUGGUCUCCUCUGCAGUAAAUCCUCUGAAGGAGGAGCAGCAAAUACAGUUGUAGCAUUAAAAUAGAGAAUGUAAGUGAACAACAGCUGCAAAGACAACAAGGUCAGUAACACUGUCAUUCAUUAUCAUGUUGUAUUCACCACUGGUGCCAAUCAGGAGAGGCCGUGGGUGUGACCUCAUCGUUUCCAAACGUCUCGGUUUCUGUCCGUCCAGACUACAACACAACCCAAGAGUUUUCAACCUAGAACGAGUCCAGCAGAGUUUCUAAAAGUCUGUUUUAGGCCCUUGAAAACUCCAGAGUCGUGUGGACAGCAGGAGUAAACGUAGCUAAAGAGACGUUUCUAAACUAAAGUGUAGUAGCGUAGACGUAGCCUCAGUUUGAAGGACAAAGCAUUCCAAACAAACUUGCUAGAGGUGUAUUUUAUCUACGUUAUCGACCUCAGAGCGCCCACGAACUUCAACAGCAUCCUACGAGGGAAAAGCAGAGCGAAUUGUCUUGCUCUCGCUGCUUUCGGUCUGAACGUUCGGGUCCAGCUUCUCAAAUAUUGAUGAUUUUUUACAUUCAUCAUUUAAAUACUUCCCUCUGAGUCGGAACAAAAGUAAACACAGGAAGUAGCCAUGUUUGCUAGCUGCAUCGGGAUUUAGAUCCAGCGCAAGUUGUCUGCUGAUUUAAUCACAAAGCCCCCAUCCACAGACCUUGUUGUAAUGAGUUUUUCCUCAUUGGUCUGUGGCUGUUUGGCAUAAACUGGACGUAGUUUCUGGAAAGUUGGACUUUGCUGAUGAGUUUGUCAAAUGUAAUUCAUCGCUGCUCAAAGCAACACGGUUUUUGUUUCAGAAGAAAAUGUCUUGACUAUUAUAUGUCAAAUAUAUUCACACACAAUGUUCCAUUAAAUCUGGUUCAUUCAUGAAUGAAUCCUGAUGACGUCUUUGAUCCACUGACGAUUCAUCGUGUCAAACUUUGCACUCACGGACAUGUUGGAAAUAUCCUUUUUGUUUUAAUUUUAUUUCUGUUUGUUUGUUUCAGUUUUUGAGUAUCAUGAGGAAAAUGUUCCUAAAAUCAAACGUCCCCUUUUUCAGAGGGUGGGGCGAUGAGGGAGGAGGGGGACGUUGGUUUUGUGUGUCUGUCCUCCUCCUCAUGUAUUCUGUCUCUGUGACCUCCUCGUGCUGAAUUAUAAUAAAGCAUUUCAAAGAUUA